UAUAGUGGGCAUGUGUGUGAGUGCGUGUAGAGUGAGAUAUGGUAGAUAUAUAUGGGCGCGUUGUGGUCGGGUUAAAUGAAAUAGUCCCGGCUUUUCGUUGAUGACCGACGGACGGACGGACGGAUGCAGCAACAAGUUAGUUUAGUAUAGUAUAGUUUCUAGUAUACGUGCUGCCGUGUUGUAGCGUGCUUGCUAUUACCAGAGGGGCGUCAUCCUUCGCGCGCACUACAUAUACAUUUCAAGUGUACUUACUAAUCCACAUCAACAAAUUACUUCUCUCUUUUCAACAAGAGAUUUGUUUGAUUGAUGCCGCACCGAAUCGCCAGCAGUAACUACUAUUAUGGAUGUUCUUGAAGAUAUGCCGAAAGGUCCUUUGGACGUGUACAGGAAGCAGGCGUCCUUCAACUGGAAGAAAUUGAAGUACGUUUUCGAAGACGAAGAUCUUUAUAAACUAAAGUUGCACAUAUGGAAAACGCUCGAGGAGGAUCCGAUCUUCAGGAGGCCGGAAGUGGAGUUGACGACGGAGGAAAUGAAGAGGAGGACGGCGAUACAGUUCCAUCAGUUCUGCAAGUACAAUUUCUUUCCGUCGGACAUCUCGUCGUGGCCCUACAAACAGAAGACCAGGAUGGUGAUGACUCUGAACGAGUCAAUAGCCGUUUGCUUUCCAGAUAUCUCUGUGAAGCAUGCAAUUGGCAUGAGUCUCUUCACCAAUUCCUUGAUGACUUUGGGCACGGAGAGACACAGGGCCAUCUAUGAAGCUGUUUGGAACAGGAAGAUUUUAGCCUGUUUGGCUCUGACCGAGGUGGCUCAUGGAAGCAACACGAAGAACAUGAGGACGAUGGCCACGUUCGAUAAGAGCACGCAAGAGUUUGUAGUGAAUACUCCCGAUUUUGAGGCGGCCAAAUGCUGGGUGGGCAACUUGGGAAAAACGUGCACCGUUGCUCUACUGUUCGCGCAACUCUACACGAACGGUCAAUGCCACGGUUUGCACGCCUUCGUCGUUCCCAUCAGAGACCCGAAGACGUUGAUGCCGUAUCCGGGGAUCGUCGUCGGCGAUUUAGGCGAGAAGAUUGGAUUGAACGGAAUCGACAAUGGAUUCAUCAUGUUCCAAAACUACCGGAUACCCAAGGAGAACCUGCUGAAUCGUACAGGCGACGUGACUCCUGACGGAGAUUACGAGAGCAGUUUUUCUGAUCCCGCGAAGAUCCUGGGCGCCGCAUUGGAGAACCUCUCGACGGGGCGCGUCGGCAUCAUGCAGGAAUCGACGAACAAUCUGAUUUGCGCCAUGACCAUUUCCGUACGAUACGCGGCUUGCAGGAAGCAGUUCGGUCCCAACGGUGGCGAGGAGGUCACCAUCAUCGAAUAUCCUCUGCACCAAUGGAGGUUGUUCCCAUAUGUAGCUGCAACGACGGUGAUCAAGCUGUUCGUGAAGGGUUUCACGCAGGAUUAUUUGAGUGCUGUCGAGCAGACGACGAACUCGAACGGAGGUGCACGAAUGGACAGCCUCAGCGAUCUCGUUUCGGAGAUUCAUGCGAUCGUCUCCGGGUCGAAACCGCUGAUAACGACGACCUGUAUGGCCGCGAUCCAAGAGAGCCGCGAAGCUUGCGGCGGUCACGGUUACCUGAAAGCCGCCCGAUUGGGUGAGCUGCGAAACAACAACGAUCCGUCUUUGACUUAUGAAGGCGACAAUAACGUCCUCAUCCAGCAGACGAGCAACUGGUUGAUCAGGCAAUGGAACAACGUGCUCGAGGGUCAAGGUACCAGCUGUCCACUCAAGUCGUGCGACUUCUUCGCCGACCACAAGCGCAUCUUAUCGGGCAAAUUCCAAAGCAGCACACCGAUAUUAUCGUUUGAAUUCAUCAAGGAGUGUUACGAGUGGUUAAUUACCUACCUGGUUUCCACGACGAAUGAUGCGCAGAAUCAGCUGGUGGCUAAAGGCAUCAGCAAGUUCGAUGCCAGGAACCAAACGCAAGUUUACAAAGCGGCGAUCCUCUCGAAGACGUACACUGAGUACCUGGCGUUGCGCUACUUCUGGAGCAAUCUCUCCAGAGCCGACGACACAAUGCUGCCGACGCUCAAGAACCUGGGUUACCUCUACGCCCUGUGGUGUCUGGACAAGCACCUGGUGUACUUCUUCCAAGGUGGAUACGCGUCCGGUCCGCAAAUGGUCGAAUCCAUAAAGAGCAACAUCGUGCGUCUCUGCGAGACGCUGAAACCGGAGGUAGUCGGUGUGAUGGACGCCCUCGCUCCACCCGAUUACAUCGUCAACUCCGUUCUGGGCAGAGCCGACGGAAAGCUCUAUCAGAACCUCCAGCGCGAAUUCUUCGGCAAUCCUGGAUCGAUGUCGAGACCGAGCUGGUGGCACGAGGUGAUCGUGCAGGAUGCACCAGACAUCAAGUUUCUAUCGAAAUUAUAAUGAUUUCCCUCUUUUAAAUUCAAUUUAUUAUUAAUCUGCAAAUUCAAAAUCCGUAGAUUAACAACUUACUUACUUACUUCAUCUAAUUGAAUCUAUUUUAAACGUAUUUUAGCGUACUUUUACUCGCAGAUGCAAACGUAAAUACACACAAACACACACACAGAGAUAAAUGAGUAUAUUUUUAUUAAAAUUAUUCAAUAUACAAUUCUUGUUGUUUAAUGAGUGAUGACCAUGUAUAUUAUAUAUUCUAUGAUGAAUCUUCUGGAAACCCUCACAAUUCCUUCUUCUAAUAUAUAGCAUUAGGUGAAAACAACUUGGAUAGAUUAUUUAUUAAAUGUUAGACCAAAACAACAAACAAAUAAACUUAAUUGCAUUUAGUUGUAUAGAGAUAUAUAUUGUAUAUUGUAAUUGACUAUCGGACGAGAGGUGUAAUGUAAUUUAUUUUCCGAAUAAAGAUUUAAUAAAGAUGAUA